AUGGACACGGAUCGUCCAGAGGCUUAUCGUCUACUGGCUGUGUCAAGAAGCUCGGAGGCGUUGGAAGAUCUUCUUCAUAUGGGCAUGUUGACGGGUAGUCGGCAUACAGACUUCGUGAAAGGGGCCUCUGGACUGGAUAACGAGCCCACAAAAUACGCGCAACAGGCAGCGUCAGGCUCCUCUCAUCAUGGUAGAGGAACCCAUGAUGACGGCAUUGGACUGGUGGCCAUUGUGUCUCCAUCAUCAUCACUGACCGAUAAGCACGGGCCCUCUAUUCUGCAAGUUUCAGGACGCUCUACAACCAUUAGCGCCCUAACGUUGUUAGUGUUGACGAUCAGGCCCGGGGAAUUUGGCUGUACCGUUCUCCGUCCUGAGGCCACGAGCACCUGGUCUGCUGCUAUUCGGAUGUGCAUUUCCACCAGACGGGAGCAAAUUGGAGGCCAAAAAAGAGCGCCAAAUCGUUGGCGUGGAAUGAAUGCCUGGCAGAGAAUAGUGCGGCGCCUAGCGACAUCGGCGAUACCAGGGCGGCCAACCAACCUCGAAGACAGAUGUCGUAUGCAUGGGAAACUGAAAGCUGAGCUGCAAGGCUGUGGGCAACAAUGGUAUCAUUGGACGUGCUCAAUGUUAUCCGUUCCAUGGGCGUCCACGGAGUGUGCCUUGCCUGCGCCAAGUGCUCGCUGCCCAUAA